UUACUUACUUUAUAAAGAGAGAAAAGAAAAAAGAAAAAGAUUUAUAUAUCUCAAUUCUAAAACAAUCAGCUAGCAUGUCUUUUUAUCCAUCCGCUUCCGAUGAUGAAACCACAUCCAGGAGGAAGCUAUUUGGGAGGCAAAGACCAAUACGUGAAGUACUGGGUGGAGGAAAAGUUGCAGAUGUUUUACUGUGGAAAAACAAAAAUGUAUCAGCUACACUUACGAUUGGGAUGACACUGAUAUGGUUUCUUUUUGAAGUGGUUGAGUACAAUUUUGUGACUCUUUUCUGUCACAUUUCCAUCACCAUAAUGCUUAUUGUCUUCAUAUGGUGCACCGGAGCUGAAUUUUUCAAUUGGAAUCUUCCAAAAAUUCCAAGAAGUAUUUUUGAAGAACAUGCAUUCCACAACCCGGCUUCAAUCUUCCACGAAAGAUCUAAUCAGGCCCUGUCAAAACUCCUUGACAUUGCAUGUGGAAGAGACCCAAUACUUUUCAUUCUGACAACUGUUUCUCUCUAUAUAUUAUCUAUCGUUGGAGGCUACUUCACCUUCUUGAAUUUCCUUUAUCUUGUUUUUCUUUGCUUGCAAACGCUGCCAUUCCUGUACCAUCGGUACGAGGCAGAAGUUGAUGAAUAUGCUGGCAUUCUGUUUCGACAAGUGAAGAAAAUGUAUAGUAGGCUUGAUUCGAGGGUUCUUAACAAGAUACCAAGAGGACCAACCAAGGAAAAAAUAAGAUAAAUUAUAUUACUUUUCUUUUUCUUUUUUCCCCUUUGAAGUUCAAAGGAAAUGCCUGAAGGAAACAUUGUGUAAAUGAAAAUCUUCAAGUUUAAAUGUAAACUUAAAUUGGUAAUUAUUAUUCAUAAAUGUUUGAAGGAUGAGAUAUUUUUUUUCAGAAAGUAAAUCAAUAAGUAUUUUCGUUUUAUUGUCAUGUGCAGUAUCUAUAUGAAUAAUAGAAAGAAUGAUUAAUGAGUAUUUUUCUGAAUUUAAAAAGAAAAAGAGAGAGGGAACAAAAUUAAAAUUAAAAAAGAAGCAUAAAAUAUGAAACUCAGAUUAAAACCAGAAAGGUUCGAUUAGUGUUACGGGACCGGUUUUUGGUAUAAAAUUGUAAAUUAAAAAAGUCAUAUAAAAAAGCUUCUAUUACAAAUCCAAUUGAAGUUAAUUAAUAAAAAAAAAAACCAUUUAAAGAGUCAAAAAUUAUAAUGAAAUAAGAACAUGACGUCUUUAUAAUAAAUAAAUGACAAUAUACCCAUUGGAUCUAACUUAAUUGAUAUUGAAAUCUUCUCCAAGACUAUAAAAUUUUAAGUUGGAAUCUCAAUCUAAGCCUAAUUAAUUUAAAAAAAAAAUGAAAAACAAUAUCAAAAGGUUGAAUGUCGUAGUCCAAAUGAGAACAUCCUCAGCACCACCAAAUAGAGGUGGUGGCAAUCAUGUUAAGUCAGACAAAUUAGGGUAUGACUCGGGGGAUCAACUUGUUAUAUCCAAUAAGGUUAGCUACCUAGCAUUCAAAUAACCCUUUGUGCUAACUUUUUCUUUUCUUUCCUUUUUUUUUUUUUUUUUUAAAAAUAUAUACAUAAAUAAUUGAUACAACAUUGUGAUAGACCUGGUGAUUCAAUGUUUUUUUAUUUUUCCUUUUGUGGGUACAUCAUAUAGAGAAAUAGUAAAUUCCUUUUAGAUGGCUUUGGCUUGGCAAAUAUCUUACCAUAUAUAUAUCAAUCAAUUAGCAUCUUCUUUUGUCUAAAACCUUUUAGCAUUUCUCUUGUAUAUACCAAAAGUCUAGAUUCACAUAAAGCAACACAUGGUAAACGACCCAAAA